CAUCGGGUGUAUGUCAAAGCAAGCGCUCGCAAAAAAAGCGAAAAAAGGUACAAAUUUGACGUUUCGCCCACAUCAUCCGAUCAGUUCUUGAGAGAAAAACGUGCAAUCAACAGCGGAAAACUUACUCCAGUCUUUGGUAGUCAGUCAGGAAAAUUGCAUCACCCAACAGACCAGUGAAUCAGUGAAAUUUCGCAGCACUAUCAAGAGGAAGUAAACAACCGAUUACAACAAAAAAGGAAAUAAAAAUGGGUCGACGAGGAAGGUCCGCUUCUCCACCACCAGCGCAGCGCAGAUCGGCGCCAAUGGCCGCAGCUCCGGCUCCCCGCCCUGCUCCGCCACCAACCCAACCGGCCGUCCAGCAUGCUCCACCAAGUGCGGUAGCUCCUCCGAUGGCCGCCCCUAGCCAGGGCCCAGGAUUGAUGGCCCAGAUGGCUGCGACGGCCGGUGGAGUGGCCAUCGGUUCGGCUGUGGGUCACACCGUAGGACAUGCCCUCACCGGAAUGUUCAGCGGUUCGGAUUCGAAGGAAGCGGUUCCACAGCAGCAGGCUGCCCCAGUGCAGCAGUACGCUCCGGUCGCCGGAUCGGAAGCGCAGGCCCCAUCCGGACCGUGCGCCUGGGAAAUCAAACAGUUCCUGUCCUGCGCCCAGAACCAGUCCGAUCUGACGCUGUGCGAGGGAUUCAACGAGGCCCUGAGGCAGUGCAAGGUGCAGCACCAUAUCUAAGUCAGUCGAAGGUGUGUGAAUAUGCAGAAUGACCACCUGGUGCGAGAGAUUUGUUACGGCUGGGAAGAGGAACGGUUUGGCCCAUGAAGCGAUAUGGUGAAUUGUGAACGGAAAAUUUUCUGUAGUCUUGUCUUAGUGAGUUGUUCAGUUGCACAGUUCAAUAAAUCCGUAACCCAGUAUGCAAUAUGGCCAAAUUGAGCUUUUCUGUAGAUACGUAGAAUCUUUAAAACAAUUGGAAAAAAGUCGAACUACAUACUACGUCACUGUGGUAAACUUACUGUUAAGCUGAAUGAUUUUAUUUCUUAAUGAUUUAAUUCUAGGAGUUUUAUUAAAUGAAUAGCGGAUGGAGAGAAGGAAU